AUGGCACUGACAUUAUCCGUCCGCAGCAUUUCGAGAGGCAUGAAUCUCGGCUCCGCGAAGCGCUUCCAGACAGAUGACUACCUCAUGCUCCUCGUCCUGAGCUUCUACACCACACUAGUCGCAACGAUAAACAUCGUGCGCUACGCCAACUCCAACCUCCUCCCGCCAGGGUACGACAUCAAUGAUCUAGCUAGAAGCGACAUAGCUGAGCGCGAGUACGGUUCAAAGCUUAUCCUUGUCGUCGAGCAAUGCCAAUGCUGCACGAUAUGGCUGGCCAAAGCCUGCUUGCUGAUCCUGUAUCUUCGCCUGACCACGAUGAGAAGAGAGAAUAUCGCCAUAAAAGUCUUGUGCGGGUAUGUGGCCUUUGGUUUCGUGUUCAUGGAGAUCUUCUACUUCGGUGUCUGGUGCCGACCGUUCUAUGAUUACUGGGCCGUGCCUACGGACAACAUCCAGUGCAGCGCCGCGACCAACCAUCUCAUCACGAACGCGGUUCUCAAUCUAACUUCAGAUCUGAUCAUGAUUGCGAUUGGUUUGCCCAUGUUCCUUCGAUUGAAGCUGCCGAUGAAGAAGAAAGUCCCAAUCGUAGGCAUCUUUUCACUGGGACUGUUCGUCAUAUUAGCCGCGAUCUUGAAUAAAGUCUAUUCUUUCAGCCAACCAUUUGGCAGUCUCUGGACAUACUGGUACGUUCGCGAGAGCUCCACGGCAUUGCUAGUGGCGAACCUACCUUUCGUCUGGACGUUCUGGCGACGAGUCACAGGCAUGACGUCCGUGGAUGGGAAGUCGAGGCACGACAGCGUUGUGCAUGAAGAUGUUCUCAGCAACCGAAGCGAGAAGCCUGCUACAGGGAGAAGAAGCAGUGCAAGGCGACAGCCGAGCUUUCCAUGGAAUGUCGAGGCUACCGAGAUAAGACACGACGAUGUUGAGAUGGGCGGUCGAAUUGUUAGGGUAAGGACCGGUGGCAGUAUGACACUCGAUGAGAUCCUGGGAGAGAGCUCGACAGACUUGACGCAGGGAGAGCAAGUCACCGAGUAUACGCAUCCAGCGUUAUUCUACUCCAAGAAGGGAAAGGAGGAUGGGCAUAUACCUCCUCACCUGCCACGUGCAGUGCUCAGCGAUGUUUCGCCGAGGGAUGUGGCCCCGGUCAAUGACGAGAACAAGAAAGCUCAUCACGAUAAGAUGCUAUUCUCCAAGUCCGAAGAAAUGUCGCUGUCAUCAUCGCUGAGCAGGGACUCCAACGUGCAGGCUCUGCCGCGGAAACUGUAUGAAAUAGAAGGCAUCUCCACAAUCGUCCGAUGA